AUGGGGACGUUCACUCUCCCCGUUUUCUUCUUACUACUUGCGUCGUGUCCUACUCUUCGAGGAACGUCUUCAAGUGACGACGAUCGAAGAUGGCUGGUUUCUAUGAUAGACCUGGUCGAAAUGGACUACGUAGAUCAUUGCGAGCAAAGAUCCAGUGCCGCUUGGAGUGAGCUCACUGGCAGCAGCAAAGGACUACAUCUAAAGUUGGAACGAGACAAAUCGUUUGGCCUAUUUUCUCAACAUCAAACAACGGAAGUGAAGAACACCCUUACCGCUCACGCUUUAGCCCCGGACGACAAUAUCCUGAGACGCAAAGUUAAGCUUCUGUUGCAACCUGGCGACACGCUUAUGGAAAGUGAACAGUGGAUUCGGCUCGUAACAUUCGGGGACACGGCUCUGCACAAGAUUCGCACAGCUACGAACUACGAUUGUGGCACCAGUACAAACUGCACUUUACGAGAGUUACACUAUAACUUGGCAAGGCAGCAAGAUGAGGAGACACUGCGUCGUAUGAAGAUAUCUUGGGAGAAGAACCUACCAAAUAUGACUGAUUACCUUGAGCAUAUUCUGCCGUUGCUAAGAAACGCUUCGAAACAGAACAACUACAACACUCUUGAAGACUAUUGGGACGAGCUUGUUGAAUACGAAGGUGCAACUCUCAAAGCCAGGGAAUUAUGGGGCAAAAUUAAUCCUUUGUACACAAAACUACAUAAGUACGUGGCCUUGAAGCUUAAGGGAUUGGACGCCAUUGGGAAGCCCUUGCCUGUUCAUUUAUUUAGGUCGCUCACAGGAGAAGAUUGGUCUAACUUAAUAGAGAGCCUAUUACCAAAACACGCGGGAAUUUAUCAGAAAGUUCACGCAAAUCUACAAUUGAAGGACCUCGGAGGGUUGAAAGCGUUCAAGCAAGCAGCUAAACUAAUUACAGCUCUGAACUUUGGCGAAAUGAAUCCUGAAGUUUUCUCUGAAUCAAUAUUUAAUAGCACCUGUCCAACAACAUUGGUGGACUGGUGUCAGCCUAAUAAAAUGAGGGCCGUCACCUGCAAGGAUGUUAGUUUAGCAAAUUACAUAGAAGCCCAUGAAGCCGUAAUGAAGAUAAAGUAUAAGCAAAUUAUCAAUUUGCACAGUAACAAUACUUACAUUCUGAGAGAAGCCCCGCGAUAUUCCGCCAUCUAUGAAGCUAUACCAGGAUUUACGUCCCUCCUGUCCCUAAAUCCCCAUGCUUUACACAGAGCCGGUCUGUUCCCGAUCGAAAUAUUUAAUUACAAUCAAAAUUUUCAUCGGUUAGUCUUGCAACUGAUCACGGCGCUUAGGGAUCUGCCAAAAUUAAAUUUCUAUUUGGCUGCAGAUGAAUGGAGACUGAACGUCCUCAUGGGAUCAAUUCCAUAUGCAAAAAUUCCCCGAAGCUGGAGUGAUUUCCGCUCCAAUUUUUCUCUUAUCGAAUCAUCUGAUUCGGACUUCCUCGGAGAUCCCUAUAUGGUUUUCAAUAAACCAUUUAUCGGAAAAUUUCUCGGAAUCAUUCUAAAGUAUCAAAUAUACUUAUCUUUUGCUGACGAACUUAUGUCCGAUGAUGACGAUCUUAUUCAAUACGUUUCCCAACACAAUGACCGAUUAGUUGACAUAAUGAUGCAAGGAUACAGUACAAGCUGGCCUGAAAUGAUAAGUGAUGUGUUGGGGAAACGAGAAAAUAGUCUGGAAUAUACAGGAAUAACAGACUAUUAUAGACUCUUAGAUGAAUAUCUAGACAACCAACUGGAACCUUCCGCUGAUAACGAAGAACCAUAUGAUUACUUGGAAGUUGAAGACUUCGAUGUGGAGCCUGAAGUUAAUGAAAUACCCACGAUACCAGAAACGACUGAAUUACCUCAAAAAGUGGAAACACAUGAAGAUUUAAGUGAAAACGUAAUAAACACGGGUGAUGACAUUAACUCAAAAUUCGGUAUUGAAACUUCUACUGUAGGCGUUUUGGAGAUCAAAAACCCCGUUGUAGCUAAGGACCAAAACAAGGAUGUAGCUCCUAAAGAAGCUUCCUACAAUUUGUAUUGGUGGAUAGGAAUCGGUGUAGCUAUAGCUGUAGUUGUGAUAUUAAUAGCUAUUAUUGCGAGGAAGCGUCAGAGCCACAGAAAGCAGCUGGAGAGGCAACGUAGAACGACCGCCUGAUUUGAGGAGUAUCGGUUCUAGAAUUAGGGCCGAUACUAAAACCGAGACUAAAUGUAAUAGAAACUGUGCCAACGCCGUGUGUGAAACGAAACAAGUGAAUUUAAUGAAUGUUUUAUAAGCAUCAUGUUAUUUUUGUGUAAACGGCUUUAUUUAAACAUUUAGUUCUCAAGUUUUUUUUUUUUUAAUACUAAUAAUAUUUAUUCUAAUUAUUUUUUCGUGGUGCUGUCUUUAGCUAUUUAUUUUAAAUCAUCAUGUCCAUUGCAUUUAAAUCGUUUUAAUCCGUUAUCCAUUUAUGAUAAGAAUUAGAUUAAGCUAGAUAGUGAAGAUUGAAUAAAAUAUUUUUGUACAUAUCACAAUUUGCAGAAUAGUUUAAAUAAUCGUUACCAAGAGUGUCUAUAUAGUUUUACGUAUUAUAAUAUAUCUAGAUGUAAUUUCGCUGUGCCUUAAGCGUCUCAAUUUCUAAUAAAUAAGAUGCGUGAAAUAUGGUGUAAUUAUCAAAGUUGUAAAGGAGAUAUGUAAUUUUAUAAAAAGAACUAUUUACUCUCUUAUUACUCUCUUAUGUAAGUUUCAGACCAAAUCUUCACACAAAUUUUUUAGUUUUUAAAUGAAUUGAAAUUUUAUGAUAACUGAAUUUUAAUUAUGUUUCCGUUGAAUGAGUGAUUUUCAAAUGAUGAAAUGACAAUCAAAAUGGUUCGUCUAAUGUUACCUGCAUUUGCAUUUGUUAGUUACUUUACUAAUUGUAAAGCAAUCAUAGCAUAUUAUCGAAAUUUCAAAAAGAAAGUAAUAAAUGUUUUAAACAGUA